AUGGCGACGGCGUUCAGCGGGGGAGGAGGUGGCGGAGGUGGCGGAGGGAAAGGCAAGAGAGGAUUCCUCCUCGGCCUCUUCAUCUUGGGAGGAGUCGCCGCCAUCUGUCUCAUGCUCUCGGCUGUUCGUCAUACCCAUCGCGCCGUCAUGAUUCAAACACCAAAGAUGUCGGGCCCAUUGAAACUCUCGAAUGAUCCGGUGCUGCGAAACCUUCAGAUCAAGGCAAGAGAACUGAGGAAGGAGCUCAAGACUCGGGCUGAGCAUGAGAGAGACGAACAGCUGGCUCUACUCCACACCCUAGAGCACAAGAAGAAGCUCCUGAUGGAGGAUGAGCAGAUUGAGAAGCAGCAAGAGAGCAGAAGUAACUCUGACCUCACCAGAGCUGAUGGAGAGCUGUCUCGCUCGCUGCAAGAUGAUUUGAUCAAACUUCACAACCUUGAGGCCAUGCAGACGUUCUUGGACACGAAGAAGGCCAAGAAAGCAAACCUCAAGCAGCUCUCCAACGAGCAGAUCAGGCAUGACAAGCUGGUCGAACAACAUGACCUGCUUAUUGCGAAAAUUAAGGCGUUGCAGCAUCACCUUCGGGGGAUUCGAGUAGCUCCAAACAAAGACAAUGAGGCCGAGAACUCGCUGAUCGAUCCUUCACUACAAGACAAGCUGAAGGAUCUCAAAUCUGCUGGGCACAAGCAGGAAGCUAUGUCGCCGUCCUCGCUCGGCGAUGUUCAACGAAGAAUCAAGACGGCUGCGAAGCUCAUCUCCGACGCGAGGUACAUUCUUGCUUCCAGAGCUGAUGCCAAGACCGAGCAUGAGCCAGCGGUGAUCUCUGCAAGAUCAAACUUGCGAAAGGAUCUUGACGCAAUGGAGACGGUGCUCCUGUCGCUGACGCGUCGCAGCCUGGAUGGGGAUAAUGCAGGCAAGCAGCUCGCCAUGAAGUUGGAAAAGCUGGUAGACCAGGCGAUGGUCGAAACCGAUAUUCUCCUGGAUUCGCAUGACAAGUCGCAUGUGGAGGGGCAGCUGAUGAAGACGGAGAUGAGUGACGUUCAACGUCUGCUGGAGUCGAGCUCCUUGUUCGGACCUCUCGCUACUAAACAAUCGCUGAAGUCUUCGAGCAAGAUAAAGAGUGCGAGCAGCCUUGGGCUCAAGGGCAAGAGAGAAGAAGCAGCCGCUUCUCAUGAUAUCCCCAAGUCGCAAAGAGACAAGCUUGCUUCCAUCGACAACACCAUGACGAGGAAGCGAGCACUGAAGCUCGCGGAGACUGCCUUGCAGGGAAGUGUGGACUACUUGAAGCGGCUCGACCCCAAGGCUCCUUCGUUGGCAGAUGUGUCGAGCUCGAGCUACUCCAAGUGGCAGGAGAAAUCAGCUGUGUCGCACGCAAAGCUCCUUGCCAUGCGACGAAAGCUCAAGGGCCUUCUGAGAAACGUUCUGGACACGAAGGAUCUGAACAGCCGUCAGGAUAGAGAGCUGAACGCGGACAUCGCUACUCUUCUUUCUGUGACAAGCGCGGCUGAUCCGAAGGAGUACGAUAAAAUGCUGAAGCAAGCGAUCAAGCAGAACGAGAAUGUCUUGUCUUCGUUCAAAGAUGCAGAAACUUCAGCGGACCGCAACAUCAAUGACGAGCUUUUAACGGCGGACUCUGUGUUUUCUGAUGUGCCCGAGAAGCGGAAAGUCAAGGACAAUGAGGUGCAAGAAGCGAUGAGGGCGGCCCAUGAGAUCGAGCAGAAGAUGCACCUCGUCUUUCCCCAGGGCAAGGAAUUGAAAAUGCCGAGCGUGCCGAAGCACAGGCCCGGCAACUACAUCCCAGGCAUCGGGCUAGUACACAAGCAGCAAAGUUUCUUGAGCGAGCUGUGGAAGCAUCACCGUGUGCCUAUCUCAGAGGCAGAGAGGAGGAUGGACCCCACCUCUGCCCACCUGCGGGUAUCUACGGGUCCCAGGCUCAAUGACGACGGUUCACUGAAAGUCAAGAGUGCUGGAGGUCCAGCUGGGGGGGUCGAGCCAAGCGGGUGGGCGGUGGCGCAGAGGUCAGCGAGGAGUGCGAUGAAGGACGGGAAAGAGGCACAGCAGAGCGACGGGGAGUAG